CUCCAUCUCUCUCAUUGCUUUUCGCAUUCAUUGUUAAGGGACGACCUGAAGACGAAAGGAUCACAUCAGCUUAUAGCAUAAGAGAGACAAGAGCAGGUAUUGGAUUCAAAGAUAUUCUUCCACUUUUGAAAAACGGUGGUAAUUAUUGCGGCUAUAGGAUAUAUAUUUUGACCGAUGCCAUGACGAGUCUGCCUUCGACCAGAUCCACUUCACAGUCGUCAAGCAGACCAACUUCCGGAAAUAAGAAGCAUGUGAGCCAAAGGAAUCGACUGGAGUCACCACCUCCUAGCGAAUUACGUAAAAGAGGCCACGAAAGCCAUGAUACCUCGUCAAAAGACAUCCAUGUUCAAUCAGUUCCCCAAAGGCUUUCUCCUUUGCGUUCGAGCAAUCCCAUGAAGCAAACAAAGGCUUCAAAGCUGUCAACAGAUCGAAAUAUCUCGCAGCAUCAUUUACAUCAGUAUGGAAUGAUGGUGCAUGAUAUAAAAUCACCUGUCAUCACAUCGUCUUCUUUGCCACUAGCCAAACUGUCCCCGAGGUGUAAAAAUUCAACAACAAUGUCUCAUCACAAUAAUCAUGAAGCAUCUCUCCCGUGCCAUCUUGGCCAAACAAUCUUCACUGCAUCACAACCUGUUCAGGUCCCACACACUGUUCAGGACGAAAGCUUUAGUUCCAGCCAGAGCAGCACCGUAUCGCAUCGUAGCACAGCUUGCAUAAGACAAAAUGCAGAUAUAAGUAUAGACACAGGCCCAACAGACUCAGAAUCUCUUACUCUUCCAGAUGGAAUAAAAUCGACAGUGUCGAUUGGCAGUAACGACAAUGGAAACUUGUUACACCAUAAAAGGACAAGUCAGAUCCCAGCAUCACCGACAUUCUCAACGUCUUCACCGUCGUUAUCUUUAUCGUCGGCAUCUUCUUCCCUGCCCACAAAGGCAACAGUUUUGACUUCGCACGCCAUCACUCGACAUCAAGCUAGAGUCUCAAAGAAAGCACGACUUGACUUUAUUACAUUCUCGUCUGGCAUCGACGGAACACUUCCCAUUUCUUCUGUUAGUACUUCUUCUUCCUCCUCGCUUCCUGCUUCAAACCCCACUACUAUUACUUCAUCGUCCCAAAAACGCGCUAGUGAGGAUACUGCGUCUGAAUACCAGGGUAACAGUAACAAUCAGAGAUUAAACGACGACGAAGCUCAAAGCCCUAGUAGUCGCACUCGAUCUAAGCAGCCUCGGAUAACCGUAGUAAAGAAGUCUUCGUCAUCCUCCACGAUAUCUUCAUCAUCUGCAGCUAGUCGAUUUCAAACUAAAGCGUCUGGACCGCAUCAAAAGCAAAUCCAGGGCAUCCCGUCCUUUAUGCGACAGUCCAAAAACAGCACUUCCCAAAAGAGAUCCUAUUCAAACAAUAGAAAACUUUCUUUAAAGUCCGCUCAAGACAUGAGCUCCUCCAGCACUCAGGACUUGUGCACUGGCGGUAGUCAACCCGCAAAUACGAAUGAUCAGGAUGUAGCUGAGCCAGAUGCACUAAAUUGCCACAUGGACAAUGAAGUCGUCGCAGCUGAAAGGCAAGCAAAUAGUGCAAGUAGUGUUGUGCCACCACAGGCCGAUCGGCAGACAAAUGAGGAUAUGGCGGAGCAAGAAGAAAAUGAUGGAGAAGAAGAUGAAGACGAGGAUGAAGAUGAAGAUGAGGAGGAUGAGGACGACGAGGAAGGGCUCUUUUCUUCGGGCGGUAACAUGAGCGGCAUGGUCUCUGGAAUAUCAUCACGACUGAAAGGCAUAUUGAGCAAUCUUCGGGCUUAUCAAGAUCCUUCGCUUCAACUAAUCGCCCUCCAAGAUUUGGCUGUCCUUCUCUCUGUUUCCACAGAAGAGACACUACAAGGCUACUUCAGCACCGAUUCGUUCGUCAAAGAACUGGUCCUGUUGAUGCGGGGAAAUGGCGAUGGUGACGAUAACCCUGAAAUUAUGCUCCUUGCAUGCCGCUGUUUGUCAAACCUGAUGGAAGCAAUGCCAGGCUCUCUUGGAAACGUCGUUCAUGGAGGAGCUGUGCCUGUUCUCUGUGCAAAACUCAUUGAGAUUCAAUACAUUGAUGUCGCAGAGCAGUCUUUGACAACCCUUGAAAAGAUUUCUUCAGAAUACCCUCACACUGUCGUCAAAGAAGGGGGGCUAGCGGCUGUUUUAAUGUUUCUUGACUUUUUUUCGACUAAUGUGCAACGAACUGCAGUUAAAACAGCUGCCAAUUGUUGCCGAGGAAUCCAGCAUGACAGCGUUUCCAUGGUACAAGACAUAUUGCCGAACCUUGAGAGCAUCCUGCAAUACUCGGACCAAAAAAUUGUUGAACAGGCGUGUCUUUGCUUUGUUCGACUUGCCGACAGCUACAAAUCAAGUGCUGUACAUCUACAGACUAUCAUCACUGAGAGUAUCUUGAGAGCGGUAUUAUCCCUUUUAUCGCCCAAUGCAAAUGUUGUUGUAGGACCUCACGUUUAUACCCUACUCUUGCAUUUUUUGAGCACCGUAGCCGAACACUCCCCAACGCUCGGUUUCGCAUUGCUUGAAAUGGAUAUCAUCGACACAUUAUAUCUUGUACUCACAGGAACUCAUGCUCCGAAUACUGAUUCAGAGAACGAGGACCCACUGUUGGUACCGGACAUCGGAUCCCGAUCUAAGGAGCAAGUCUCCGAGGUCAUUGGUAUUAUUACAGAGCUACUUCCUUCUCUACCGAAAGACGAUGCACUUUUUGAUACAGAGUACCGAUAUCUUGCGCUGAAAAAAGAUGAAAAAAACAAAGAGAAUCAAGAUGUGCAAGAGGAUGACGUCGAUAUGGCAAAUACUUCAGCCAGUAUUGAGAUCGAUAAAAGGGAAGAGCUCUUAAAAUCACAUCCUGAGCGUAUACGAAGGAUGGGCAAGGUCAUGAUCCCAACUUUAAUCGAGGUUUAUUCGUCCACAGUUCACCUGAGAGUCCGACAGAGAGCCAUUCAUGCGCUUGUGAAGUUGAUAUACUAUACACCCGAUGAUGUUCUGAAAGGAGUUCUUAAGAAUGUGGAACUUGCCAGCUUUUUAGCAAUUGUACUUUCUCAACAAGAGCAUCAGUCUUUGGUAGCUGCAACGCUCCAAAUAUCUACUCUCCUUAUGAUGAAGCUUCCAUCGGUCUACCGAUUUUUCUUUGAGCGGGAGGGCGUGACAUUCGAGAUUUCGAAGUUGGCAUAUCUAGGAGCAGAGUUAAGCCUAGCUAAGGAAGCUAAAUGCACCAAUACGAUGGUAGAAGAUAGUACAAAGAUUACCAACAGCGAUAAUCAAGAAAUAGUUAAGGCAACUACUACGGAGACAGACCAGAAUAUACUAGCCAAAGAUAAUAUAUUCAACGGUGCUUCGAAUUCAGGAAUAGACGAGAGAUCGGAUGCAAAUUCGCAUGAAUCACACACGAUAGCCUCGACCAAUAAUCAGCGAUUGAUAGAUCUAAUUACCGAACUGCGUGGCAUGCGUACUCAACAGGAUCAGAAGGGGACAAUAGACGAGCAGUUAGAUGCUAUUGGAAGAGAACUUGAAGCAGCAUGGGGCCAAUAUAUGCUCUCGAGACCAAGUGAUGGUGAAAAUGGAGCGCAAGGACCUGAUUCUCGAUUGUCUGCUCUUGAGCAUGUUCGUACUCUUCAACGCUUGAUUACAGGUGGAUCUCGCUCUGUGAUAACAGCUCAGAAGGAGGAAAAGGGAUUAGGGUCAGGCAAAGCGAAGGAAUGGAUCUUUGAACGGGCUAGAAUUUUCAUUGAAUUGUUCCAAAGAACCGGCUCCUUACCAGAUGAUGGGAUUUAUAAGGGAACGUCUGUUUUAAGCGAUCUCAAGCGGAUGGCAACUGAACUUCGAGAAUCGCGCGGUCUAGCUUCAAAUACAAUCAAGGAGCUUUCGAAGUACUUUGUUAGAUUAGGCUCAACAGGCAUAUCAUCAUUUGAGUUUUUGAACAGUGGGUUGCCCCAGGCUCUUUUAAGCUACCUUGCUAACCCCAAGAGGGCAGGAUUCUCUAGUCAGGAUGAAAAGAUGCGCAACUUUGUUGAACAUUUCAUGAAUACUCCUUGCAAGGAAACAGGUACAUCAGCUGCAACUUCACCCUUCAUCCUACUUGUGAAAAAGAUGCAGGAGGCAUUGACUCGCAUGGAGACGUUUGAGGUUGAGGUGGCGCAAUCGUCAUUAGGCGAGGUGAGAAAUAAUUCAUCGUCCAGCCUUGCUACACAGGUUCGACUCAAACUAUCUCCUGAUGAGGGCACUGAGGUGCCGUCUGGUUAUCAAAAUUUGGUUGUAUCGAUCCACGCCAUUGCUACAUUCAGAACACUAGAUGAAUAUCUUCGACCUCGCUUGAAACCAAGACUUUCUUCAACAGAUACUAAAUAUAAUGACGGUAGCAAAAAUGGAUCAUCACAGAGUCGUGUUACGGGCAUUAACCCAAAAGAGUCUACACCGAGGAGGAGCAGCCGGCUGCAAAAGCUUGCUAGCAAAGGCUCAGAGGAGAAAGUUACUGAUAAUACCGAUGCUCAACCGUCACCUGUCAAGAGGCCGGUGGAUGCUGGUGGAAGUAGUCCAGAUGACUCUUAUGAGGACAGCGAGGGCGAUGUCGAAGAGAUGGAAUAUGAUCUUGAGCGCAGAGGCAGUGUUCAGAGCAGUAAAGGUGUUGAAUCCUCCACCAUCGACUUUGAGUCGGAUGUCAAGAUGGCAGACAUGUCCAAAACUAACAUAUCCAGCGGAGCAAGCGAAACUGACAACUGUCUGCAAAAAACAGAGAAUGCAAAUUUGCCGAAAAAGGAAAAGAGCUCCCACAACUCAUCCCAAGAAUCGUCUUCGCCAUGGUAUAUCCAAUUUUCUCUUUACGGAAAUCCAAUUAACACAGAUAUGACAGUUUAUGGAGCCAUCCACGAAUACGAGCGCAAGAAUGGCCGGAAUGCAUCGCAGCGUAGCAUGUGGUCCUCGAUGUACCCUAUCAAAUACAGGCGCGUCGAUUCUUCCCCUCCAGAGCAGCUCGCCUUGGCUGCAAACACUCAAAGUCCGGAAGACACCGAUUUGACUUUUACUGCGCAGAUGCCCAAAGAAUUGCCACAGCAAGCAGAAUAUGGUCCUAUCCUUGGACUCUUGCGCAUUCUUCAUGGGCUCAACAAUGAUUGGAGGCGGUUCUUUGGAUCUGAUGAUCAGUUACCCAUUACUCCUGUUCAAAGGCUACCAAACCGUGAAUUCGUUAACAGCAAAAUCACUGCCAAAGUGAAUCGUCAGCUAGAAGAGCCAUUGAUUGUUGCUAGUUCAUGUUUGCCUGAUUGGACUGUUGGGCUCGUAAAAGGUUUCCCGUUCUUGUUCCCUUUUGAGACCCGAUACACAUAUCUUCAGUCAACUGCAUUUGGUUUCUCACGAUCAAUCAUGCGUUGGCAGACGCAACAGCAGCGCAAUGGGCAUACAGAUCAUCGUGAUGAUUCUCAGACGUUCUUAGGUAGAAUUCAACGACAAAAAGUCCGUAUUUCCAGACAAAAGGCACUCGAAUCAGCAGUUCGCGUCAUGGAUCUCUAUGGAGCGAGUCAGGCCAUGCUAGAAGUUGAGUUCUUUGAUGAAGUUGGAACAGGAUUAGGUCCUACGCUCGAGUUUUAUUCGUUAGUUUCUAAGGAGUUCUGUAAAAAGUCACUGAAACUCUGGCGCGAUGCGGAUUCUGAAUCUCUGACUGAGUAUGUCUCGGCUCCACAAGGAUUGUUCCCCAGACCGAUGGCGUAUCAUAGGACCGAUUCUGACGAUGAAAAAAAAAUUCUGAAGUUAUUUAGAUCUCUUGGCCAGUUCAUUGCCAAGGCUAUGCUGGAUUCUCGAAUUAUCGACGUGCCGCUCUCACCAUUGUUUGUCAACCAGCUACUUGGUCAUAAUCUAAAGACACACCUUCAGCUAGUUUCUCUCAUUGACCCUGUCCUUGCACGAUCGCUAGAGAGUCUUCAUGCCUUUGUGACCGAAAAGAAGCGUAUAUACGGGAUGAAGCUUCCUAGUAAAGAACGUGAAGUUGCCCUAAAAAAUAUCAAGCUGCAUGGAACGAAAUUGGAGGAUAUGAGUCUUGACUUUACACUUGCAGGUUAUCCUCAUAUUGAACUCAAGACUGGUGGAGCUAGCGUUCCAGUAACUAUUUACAAUGUCGAGGAAUAUAUCAGGUUGACCGUAGAUAUGACUGUAGGUCGUGGUGUCGAGGCUCAAUUAUCCGCAUUUCGUGCAGGAUUCAACAGCGUCUUUUCCAUUCAAGAUUUGGCAGGGUUUACAUCAGAAGAGUUGGUCAAUUUGUUUGGCUUGGGUGAAGAAGACUGGUCGUACGAGACGCUCGUGGAUACAGUAAAGGCUGAUCAUGGCUUCCGAAGCGAAAGCCGUGCUUUCAAGAAUCUGCUUACAAUCAUGAGCGAGUUCAAUAAUCAAGAGAGAAGGCAGUUCCUGCAAUUUAUUACCGGUAGUCCCAAACUGCCUAUUGGAGGUUUCAAGAAUCUCCAUCCACCUUUCACAGUUGUUUGCAAGCCGUUCGAAGCGCCUCUGAAAGCAGAUGACUAUUUACCAUCAGUGAUGACGUGUGCGAACUAUCUCAAGAUGCCGGAUUACUCAUGCAAAGAGGUAACACUAGCCAAGUUCAAGAUGGCUUAUGAAGAAGGGCAAGGUAGCUUCCAUUUAUCUUAGCUCCGAGGAGGAUUUCCGGGUUGCGGCCUGGGACCAAGCAUUCACGAAGAUGUACAUUAGUUUAUUUUUUUUACUACAUGUACAGAACACCCGCUGGGACCUGUGUACUUUUACUCUUAUUUCCGUUAUUUGCAACCAUUUUUUCUUUUUUUUUUUCUUCGAAGCUCAUCACUUUUAUGAAUGAAUCCUCA